UAUCGAGGGUGUGUUGCAGGCGGACUCCGUUUUCAGUUUUUUUAUUCAUCUUGAUCAUGACAGAUGAAAAAGAGCUUGCUAGACCGGAGCCCCCUAUAGUCGGCAAGGUCACUCAUCACUCAGUUGAAUUAAGUUGGACGGCGACUGAAACAGAGACGCAAGACGGAAACAGAAUGAUGUAUUGCGUUCAGGAAGAAGAAGUAAACAAAACAAGAGGUUACGGAACAGUCUACAACGGCUAUUCUCAGUCAUGUGUGUGUCAAGGUCUCGAUCCGAAUACUCAGUAUCAUUACAGAAUGAGAAGUAUGAACCAAUAUGAAGCCAGUGACUGGAGUCCUGCAGUCACGGUAUUUACGACAAGGAGACCAUUGACCAGUGAAGACUUGCACAAGGCUGUGUUGGCAUGGGAUUUAGAAGACGUGAAGCGAGUGCUCGAAUCUAAGAAUGUAGCUGUUGAUGUGCCUGACAGACUGAGCUUGUCUGCUUUAAUGAUUGCUUGUCAGAAGGGAUACAGAACUGUUGCUGAAAUGCUGAUUGAUUAUGGUGCUGAUGUAAAUUAUCAGUCUGGAAGUGGCAAGACCAGUUUGAUGGUAGCUUGCUAUGCAGGCCAUUUGAGUGUCAUACAUCUCUUACAUGAGAAAGGAGUUCAGUGGACACAAAAAGAUAAAGGAGGCUCAUCGGCCAUUCACUAUGCUGUAGAUGGUGGACAAGACAAUGUUAUUGGGUACAUUGUACAGAACAAACUUGCUGAUGUCAAUGAACGGGAUGCAUCUCAGUGGUCACCUUUAUUAAGAGCAGCUGCGGUGAAUGGUCAUGUUGGAGUGGCUGAUGUUCUUCUAACUUAUGGUGCUGACAUUGAAGCAAAGGACAUGUAUGGUAGAACGUCACUGAUGCUUGCUUCUCUGAAUGGGCACAGUGAAUUUGUGAAGGUAUUACUUGAUCAUGGAGCAAAUAAAACAGUGGAGAACCAGUAUGGUGCUAAUGCUGUUCAAUUUGCUGAAUCAUUUCAGCGGACGGGAGUAUUGGAAAUAUUGGAACCUGGAAGACUGAGCUCUGAAGCCUAGUGAAAGUGCAGCCAGGUGGAAAGCUGUUGAUGUGUGAUUUGGAUUUGGUCGGUCCGUGAACUAUUUUUAAUAUUUCCUGCAUUGUUGCAAUAUUUAACUUACUUGUGAAUGAAUGCCUUCAAUUGUGUGGUAUUAUGUAUUGUUUAUCCAAUUUUUGGUAUGCUAUUUUCAGCAAUUAGUAAUUAUUUGUUCAGGUUUAAAAUAUGAUUUGUUAGUUGACAA